UAUAUAAGUGUAUAAUCUAUGCUACAGACUACGUAGCACAUAAAAUAGAUAACAGGCUUUUAUCAUUCUAUUUUUCUAUUUCUAAAAAAAUACUUCAUUUUGCUCCUUUUGUAAACAAUGCAAUAAAAUUAACGAAGGCAUAAAAAUUUUAAAUUGUCUAGGUGCCUAGAUAAAUCCAUCCAUAGUCAAAGCGUAGUAUAUUACUUAUCUGUGUCAGUCUUAAUAUGUGAUGCCGGAAUUAUAAUUAUCUAUGAUGGUGCCAGUCAACCAGCCAAUAGAGAAUCAGAAGCGCACACGUCUAAUAAACUGUCAACACUCAAAAGAAACAGUUGAAAUUGAAAUCGUGUGUUAUUAAUUUUUGUAUUGUUUAUUUAGUGAAUAUUUUUUAAUGGAUAUAAGGCAUCUGAGGCUUGUUUAUUGCAUGUGUUUUAAUGCUUGUGACUUUUUAUACGUAAUUGUGUGAAGAUUAUUUUAUAUAACUAUGGAGGUCGACGGUGAGGGAUGGAAUAUAAAUCCAGCUGAAAGCUCAAAAUUUGGACAUUUGAAAGCGUUUGUGACCGCAGCCCGCGAAUUUGAAACUACACACAGCGAAUCUGCGAUUAAUUUGAUGACGAGAUAUCUAGGGUUAAUAGCAUCAUCUUGUGACCUAUCUAUAUUCUCACCGGGCCGUUCAGAAGUGUGUGCAUUCUUCAGUUCAUUAUGGAGGGUGAUGUGCGAUGGUCGGGGACCACACUGGGCUGGAGUAGCAGUGCUAGCGAGGGCUUGUAUAGAGCCAAGUGCAAGGCAUGCCCUUACACAUACUUAUAAAUUUAUGCCAAUCCUGUCCCGUCUUUUGACAGACACAAUAUCAAAUGAUAAGAAAAUAAAGCUACUGUCUGUGAUGCAGGACAUCUCAUAUGGAAUCAAGAUAAGCUGGCAGGAAUCAUAUCUUGCAGAGUUAAUGAAGACCUUAACCAAUUGGAUAGUACAACCAAUGGUGGAACCUCAGCACCGAACGAUCAGUCACAAGUCCCUCACUGUGUUGGUUAAUGUGUGUUAUGGGAACUUGCCAGCGAUAUAUUCAUUGAUGAGAACAGUGGAUACUAAGGAGUUUGUUGUUCAUUUGAUUAGUUUAAAGGACGGUGGUUACGGCGGUGUGGAAGUGUGUCGGUUGCUGCUGUGCCUGUCCAGCGCGACCCGCGGCGCCGCGACGCAGCCUGCGCACGUGCAUAGCUAUCUGUGUUGCACCAUGCGCACUUUCACUAAGGCCAUAGUAGAACGAGACGAAACUCAACUCCUGCAUGCUUAUACAUUUAUAAAUGAUCUGUGUUCUGAUGACAGUCUGCGGAAUUAUGUACUCACAUAUCCUCACUUUGGUAACUCACUGAGUGACGCUUUGAAGGAUGCAGACAUAUUAUGUAGACCCACACCAGAUGAAUCCGGCGAGCCGGAAACAGCUGCCGGCUGUUUGCGAAAUGUACUCAAGUUUUUAACCGUUCUAGUCAAUUUGGAUCUAUACACACUGCGGUGCCACCACAAUCAGCUGGUCUGUCUGUGCAUGAAGGCCAGUCGGGUCUGCCUGCCGGAGGCUUUGGAGUUAUUUGCGGCCAUAGUCACACAAUAUAGAGAGGAAGGUCGGUUACCGCAAGAGUUAAUAUCCGCGUUGAACGAUGGGUUGCCAGCGUUGCUCGUGCCGCCGGCUCUGGAGCCCGGCAAAGCUGGAUUGCAAUGGCUGCAAGUGGUGGGCGCUUUGUGUGAAACAAGCGAGACCCAAGAGAGAGUCCUGCAAGAGGUCACUCCGGACUCGCUGGAAGACACUCUAUAUGGAGUGUUGCAGUACACUUCACAGAACGGUCCGGUAGGCGUGGAAGUGUCCCAGCAAGCGGUGGUGGUGGCUUGCCGCGCGACUCUGUCCCUCGCGCCGCUCGACGGCCAGUGGGAGGCCGCGCUCAAUAGGAUGCUGGCUCAUCAUCAGGUUCGGAAAUUGCUGUGUACCGGUCUCACGAGCAACAACGCGGCACGAAGAAAACAAAUAUUGCAAUUAGUCAAACACCAUUAUUUUCCAUCCGAUCAGAUGAAUCAGGUGUUCAGCGAGCACGUGUCCGCCCCGGAGCCACAAGUAGCGGACAUAUCUCAGGCCGACACGGAAGGUCUGUCCUUAUCGCCCGCACAGCGAACGGCAGUUGAUGAGUUAGUGGCUAAAUUGACUGCCAAAUUGGACGAAGGGAAGAUAUCGGACAUAGCAACAUCAAGUGUAAUGGAAUUGUAUGGAUAUAAGAUUACAUGCUUGGAACAAAGGCUGCAUUCACAUUCGGUCGCGUUGCAGGGUGCAACCGAACACAUGGCGUCGCUACAGCACGCGCUGGCGCUGCUGCAGGCGACCAACUCGUCGCAGCAGGACGUGUUGUACACAACGCAGAUGCUGACGGAGAAACAUAAAAAGACGAUAGAGGAUCUUCAUAAACAAUUGGAAGACGCAGAAACAACAUUGCGUGGUUACAGAGCGAAAUUGGCAGCUGAAAAACUGGAAAAGGAAAAUCAAAAGGAGAAUUUGCAAAAGGAGUUCAGACAACAGUUGGCGACGUUCGAAAGUGAAAUGAAAGUUCGUGAAAGAGAAGCCGAGGAGAGAUUCAAGCAAGCGGAGUCGGAACAUAAGGCGCUACAAAAGAAAUUAGAACAACAGAUGAACAAGAACAGCGAGCUGGCGGGCGUGCUGGUGAAGUUCGAGGAGCGGGUGAAGCAGCGGGACAAGAAGCUGGACGAGAGCGCGCAGGCCGCCGCCGCGCUGCGCAGGGAUCUGGACCAGAGGGACGCUAUGAUAAAGCAGCUGGAGAAGACGGUGGUGGAGCGCGAGAACCGGCUGUACCAGGUGACCACGCAACUCGAGGAGAUGAAGCGAGUGCAGGAGAUGGUCGCCAAGCUGAUGAGCAAGAGCACCGCUAAUGCUUCCAAUUAGAUAAAUCAAUUACACCCACAAUGGGAAGAGAUCUCUGCAUAAUCAAUAAAUACAUAUAUUUUUACAACAUAAUGUAUUUGUUCAAGUCAAUAUUUUGAUAAUUUUCAUAUUGUUAUAUGAUGUCAAAUUAUG